UCCUCCUCGCGCCCCUGUCUGUCUCCCUCUCCUUCGACCAAACCUCCCACCUCGCACCUCGCCGCCCGAUCCGACGCGCCGGCGACCCGCCGCCGCUCUCGAGCGUCGCCGAUCCGCGGCGCAGAUCCCUCACGAGGUUUGCUCACCUUAUCAGCUCGCUGGUGCAGGACUGCCACGGCUCGCCGGCUCUUGAAUUUCAGCGCACGCGGAUCUGGUGGGAGGAGCCCCGUGGGCGCCGCUGCCUUGGCGAUGUCGAGGGUCCGGGACAGGACGGAGGACUUCAAGGAGUCCGUUCGCGUCGCCGCGCUCUCCCAUGGCUACACGGAGUCGCAAUUGGCCGCGCUCAUGUCGUCUUUCAUCAUCCGGAAGCCGUCGCCCAAAUCGCCGUUCACAAAUGCAGCAAUCAAGACGCUUGAGAGCAUCAGGGAGCUCGAGAAGUUUAUAGUGAAGCACAGGAGGGACUAUGUGGACAUGCAUCGCACCACGGAGCAAGAGAGGGACAACAUUGAGCAUGAAGUUGGUAUUUUUGUAAAAGCAUGCAAGGAACAGAUAGAUAUCCUAAAGAACAGGAUCCUUGAAGAUGAGAGGAAUAGAAGAGCGAACACAUGGCUUGGCACAAGAGAUGAGACUUCCCGGUUAGACUUGAUAGCUCACCAGCAUGGUGUGGUUUUGAUUUUGAGCGAGCGUCUCCACUCAGUAACUGCACAAUUUGAUCGCCUUAGGUCCCUGCGCUUUCAAGAAGCUAUUAAUAGGGUGAUGCCAAGAAAGAAGAUUAAGAAGAAGCCAGAAAUAAAACCUACUGAACCAUCCAAGUCAAACCUUGUAUUGAAAUCUGAUGUCUCGAAGGUUGAAGAUCGGGAGGUAUCAACUGCGCCCUUAAGAGUUCAAGAACAACUCUUGGACGAUGAAACACGAGCUCUCCAGAUGGAGUUGACCAAUCUUCUUGAUACUGUCCAAGAAACGGAGACAAAGAUGAUAGAGAUGUCAGCACUUAAUCAUCUUAUGUCAACACAUGUUCUACAGCAAGCUCAGCAGAUUCAAUAUUUAUACGACCAGGCAGUGGAAGCAACGAACAACGUGGAGCGUGGGAACAAGGAGCUAUCCCAGGCGAUCCAGCGGAACAACAGCAGUAGAACCUUUCUCCUGCUUUUCUUCUUUGUUCUUACUUUCUCUGUUCUGUUUCUUGACUGGUACAAAAACUGAAUUAGCAGCUCAUGUAACCGUACUAUUGCGCAAAUGGAUUGAGCUAUUGAUGUGUCAUCUCUUGUGGGAUGAUUAUCACUUGUCAUGCA